ACAUAUCCCUUUAACUGUCUGCCUGUCUGGCGGUGUGUGUUGUGUGUUUAAGGUCUGGUUCCCUUGUCAAUACCAUACUUUUUAUGUGUGAAUGCAGUGCGAUGGGAGUUUUGCAAACAUGGCUAAUAAACGAACUUCUUUAACCUUGUUGGUCCUGGUGGGGUUAUUGGCGAUCUGUGAUGCUCUGAGGUGCAACUGCACGGAAUGUUCAACGACGGGGUACCAGUGCGUGACGGACGGCGCCUGCAUGGCCUCCACCUCCUCCAUCAACGGGCAGGAGCACCGCAUCCGCGUCUGCAUCACCCGCGACAGGCUGGUCCCGCCGGGCCAGCCCUUCUACUGCCUGAGCGCCGAGGGGCUGCUCAACACGCACUGCUGCUACACCGACUACUGCAACAGCGUCAGCCUCACCGCGCCCACCGUGACCACGAGGCCAGCGGAAGACAGCGGGUUCGGGCCCGGGGGCAGCUGGGGGCUGGUGGACCUGGUGGCGGUGAUCGUGGGGCUCUUCCUGUUCUGCGUGCUCCUGCUGGUGGGCAUCUUCCUGUUCCACCAGCACCAGCGCACCUACAGCCACCGGCAGCGCCUGGAGGUGGAGGACCCCUCCUGCGACCACCUGUACCUGCCCAAGGACAGCACCCUGCAGGACCUCAUCUUCGACCUGUCCACCUCCGGAUCCGGCUCUGGGCUGCCCCUCUUCGUGCAGCGGACGGUCGCCCGCACCAUCGUCCUGCAGGAGAUCAUCGGGAAGGGGCGCUUCGGAGAGGUGUGGCGGGGGAAGUGGCGCGGGGGCGACGUGGCCGUGAAAAUCUUCUCAUCCCGCGAGGAGCGCUCCUGGUUCCGCGAGGCUGAGAUCUACCAGACCAUAAUGCUCCGCCACGAGAACAUCCUGGGCUUCAUCGCCGCCGACAACAAGGAUAACGGCACCUGGACGCAGCUGUGGCUGGUGUCGGACUACCACGAGCACGGCUCCCUCUUCGACUACCUGAACCGCUACUCCGUCACCAUCGAGGGCAUGAUCAAGCUGGCACUGUCAGCCGCCAGCGGCCUGGCCCACCUGCACAUGGAGAUCCUCGGCACACAGGGGAAGCCAGGCAUCGCUCACCGCGACCUCAAGUCCAAGAACAUUCUGGUGAAGAAGAACAGCGUGUGCGCCAUCGCCGACCUGGGACUGGCCGUACGGCACGAGUCCGUCACUGACACCAUCGACAUCGCCCCCAACCAGCGCGUGGGAACAAAGAGGUAUAUGGCCCCGGAAGUUCUGGACGAAACCAUCAAUAUGAGGCACUUUGACUCCUUUAAAUGCGCAGACAUCUACGCCCUGGGACUGGUGUACUGGGAGAUUGCGCGUCGAUGCAACGCAGGCGGUGUCCAUGAGGAGUACCAGCUUCCCUACUAUGACCUGGUGCCCUCAGACCCUUCCAUCGAGGAGAUGAGGAAGGUGGUGUGUGAGCAGAAACUGAGGCCCAACGUGCCCAACUGGUGGCAGAGCUAUGAGGCCCUGCGGGUGAUGGGGAAGAUCAUGCGGGAGUGUUGGUAUGGUAACGGGGCGGCCAGGCUCACGGCGCUGCGGAUCAAGAAGACGCUGUCGCAGCUCAGCGUGCAGGAGGACAUCAAGGUCUGAGAGGGACAGCGAAGCUACGCGCCGCGCAGAGACGCAAUGAGCGAAGGAGAAAAUCGGAAAACGACGACGAAAGAAAAACGACUCCUGAAUCCUGCCAGUUUUUAAAGCCACAACCCGAGAAAUGACCAGGCCUACCUCACCUUUUCAGCCAAAACUACUGAGUGAAAACCCGGCCAUUCCUUUCUGCCUCCCCAUUACCCAACCUUCAACCUUUCACCCUUUUCCCCACCGCCUCCCCUCUUCUGACCAUUACCCAUCAUCCCCCUCUGAAACAGGCAAGGACUACAGCGACUGUGACUGCUCAUGUGAUUUUUGUGUUGUUCUUGAUGGCAGGAAUUUUGGCGUACAGUAACACAGUAACCGAAUUACGGUUUUGUUUAAUUUGUUAAGCAUUUUCGCACUCCCCACAAGCAACUCCGCGCAAAAGAUCAAUUUCAGACUUCAGAAACUUGUUUGGAACUUUUUGUAUAUAUAUUCUUUGUUUGUUUUCACAAUUUCUUUUUGUUUUCACAAUGAAUCAUGCUUUCAUUGUGCAAAUGUGAAAUGGUGGCAAAAAAACUGGAUUUUUAAAUUGUUAGCCCAGUACAGCCUGUGCAGGAAGUGUGUAGCAAGGGUCCUAGAGCUGGAGUUCAAUCGCAUAGAGACCUCAUCUCCGUGGUGCUCUGGACAAGCACCCUUCAGAUCACUGGUGUACAGGCGGAAUUUAGACCUGCAUGGCUGAGCUACUCUUUGGUGUUUUUCUGAACUACGGCAGGUUAGUUUUUUCUCAGGUGUGGUGAGGGGGGUCCGUUGCCGUGCACAAGUAACCAGACUUCUCUACGCAACUGGACUUUUUCUUCCAGAUGGGAGCUGACUCGUUUUCAGACGAGGGGACCAGACUCCUCGUCUUCUGAGCGCAGGAUUCGGGGUAUGUGUGCAAGGGCCGGAUGGAAUUUUUCAGUUGCCGUCGACUAAUACAAAACCACAGCACCCUCCGCUCCUCCUCAGUGAGAUUUUAUUUGCGCGUCAGCCCCUGACGGGAUGGCCAUUUUUAAAGCACAUCCUCGCCUUGGCUUAAGCUCUUUGAUUGGAUAAGCCAAGCCAUUGAACAUUCCAGGUGCAGCCACUGAUACAGGCUAACAAGCUAAUGCUUACUCCAAAUGCAUUGUAUGAUCUGUUGGUCAAAUACGAGAUGAGGUGCUUGCAUCACACCUGGUGGUGGUUUAUUUAUGUUUUUUUUUUUUAAUCCACGCUGUCCAGUAGCAAGCUGUGAGGAUCAUUCACUGGGGAUUCAGUGUGUCUAGGGUUCAGUCUCAGGUGAGAAGGAGCCAUUGGCUAAUACCUUGUUCUUUUGGGUUUUUUUUUUUGGGACUCCCUCUCAAUUUGGCCUUGUUACCAGAACCAGUGACCUUCCGGGGAAUGUCACGUGACAUACGACAAGAAUCUGAAUCAUGUGACAAAUGGGUGCGAUCAGUUGGACCGACGAUGCGUGGUACAGUUUUGAGCCUGUCCUGCUGCUUUCCGAUACACGCAUAUAUCCCCCCGAUGGGAUCCGUCUUGGCGUCGGAAAUUUGCCGCGGUUGUGCUCGCGCUGAAGCUGCCAACUUGUCCCCUUCCACAGCGGUCACACGUCAAUGUCGUCGACAUUUUGGGGCCACAGAGGAUUUGCGUACUCGAACACUCCUGUUUUAUUGAUGCCACAUACUGCACUGACUGAGCAUGAAACCUCUUCAAUUAGCAUUCGCGCUAACGUCAUAGAGACUCCUGAACGGUACGGUCAUUUUUACUGAGAACCUGUAUUUUCUCACCACUCCCAGGCCAGAAGUAGCUUUUUGAGAUUAAUUUAAGGGGAUGUGCCAACAGGCAUAUUUUAAGUCUCAGUUUUAGUCAUUGUUGAUACUUGCCGUUUUUUUAAACACUCCUGACGGACUUCUUUUUGGUGUCAAACUGUGGAAGGCUAAUGUGAUUCUCUCUCGAGAAAGGGGUCUGAUCUACCUGUGCUGUACUGAAAUCCUGACUCAUUACUCCUGAUUUUCAGUUCUUUAUACCUCCUGGAUAUGCAAGUUGUAAAUAGUUUGUACAAAGUGUUACACUACUUUUUUCCUGAUUUUGAUGGUUAUAUUGAACUUGCUCGUUCACUUUCCUUGAUUACAUUUAGUUUUCCUUCAUACAACGAAUCUGCUGUAAUUUUGUAUAUUUUCAGUUUAUUAUUUGUAUUGUUACAUACAAAAUUGAAACUUGGAGGUACUGCUGGUCUCAGUAUUCCCCCUCUGUCUUAUUUUGUUCCUGUCUCUAUGUUUUUGAUUUGAACCUGACCUGUAUAGAUUCCCUGUGUAUAUCUAUUUCAUUUUUGUUUGUUUGUUGCAUUUUUCAUUUGGGGUUUAUUACAUGUGUUUUUCCACAGAGCUCAUAAUCUAGCUUUGCUUAUAAAAGCAUUGCAGUUUCAGUCCAGAGAUCUUAGAGUUGUCGUUCUAAUCCUGUCAAAACCUGUUAAGUGUAUUGAGCAUUAUCAAUAUUCUCUCGGAAGCAUAAAGAAGUACAUAUUAUUAUGGUCUGAUAUGCCUACAACCUGCUUAGAAAACAGAGUUCCCAGAAUCUCCUUUCUUUUGAAAUGUGGUGCUUUGUGUCAGUUUGUUUAGUGUAAUUUCUGAUGAUUUUUCUCUUUAAAAAUGCAAAGUAUAUCAAGUAAUUAUACAAACUUAUAAACAAGCUAAAUUUGAAAGCAGAAAGGUGUUACGGUGGAGGAGUUAUGUUGUAAAUGCAGUGUUAGACAUGUGAUUCACCAGUGAAUUCAGUUACAAAUAGUAAUUGGACUUAAUGGACAAGCUUAAGUCCACUUUCAAGUCCAAAUGGGUUUCGUGAGUUAGGUUGCACACCAUUUGAAGUUCGCAAUGCCCCAGGGUGCUCUGAAGCCAAGAAGAACAUUUAUAACCGUCACCCCUGUUGUGGUGGGUAAAGCAGGACUAGAAAGCCAAUCGUCUGGGCGAUUGAUCGUACGGUAUCGGUGCUGUCGUUUUUCCAGUUCCGUUUUGUAUUCCUGUUCUGAUUCUUUUGGCACAUUUAUACUGCAAAUGCAUUUCAGGAUGUGACAGUUGGUCUGUGGACCGUUUGCAAGGCUGACAGAAGUAGUGGAAACUGCAGUGAUGCCCCUGCCUUUCCACAUACAGUAGCUGUCUAAAGGCCGAUUAUGGAUUUGUGCUUUUUGCACCGAUGCCACGUGCAUGCAAUAUCAAUCUGGGCUGAGUGUUGCGAGCGCACGAUGACGCCCUGGGUCAGAAGCGAGGGGACGUUUCAUUAUUUAUAAUCAGAUAACGAUUGUAUGUGAUCGGUUUGCUCAUCCGCAUUCGGUGACCGCAGUAUCUUUUAGUAUUGCUUUCGGACGGUGCCAGACUUCACAGGGAGAGUACACAACAAGUGCACAAAUACACACACGCACACACACACACACACAAACAGGACAACUUGGUGCCACCGCAUAAUUUCAGGUCCCCGCAUAACGCACUCCACACAUCAGGGCUGGGAAUCACCUGAGGUUCAGUGCUGGGUUUGGCGGCCUUCUGCAGGUCCUGUAGCAGCACUUGAGCAGUCAGUCUGGCGGUUGGGGGGGGGUUAGGGUUAGGGUGCAGUUUUCCAGCUGGGUUUACUCCUUUCCCUUUAGCUGCAACCGAGGUUGUGGACGGUCGUCGGACGGUGCUUAGCCAACCACUUGAAUCCCACAUUCUCUCUGAACCUGGGUAGGCGCUUGAGUAGAGCAGGACACAAUGUGUGUUUUUUUUGUUUUUUAAAUGUGAGAAUAGGUGAAUGAGAACCUUUCCUCAGACACUUGUAUUUUUGCUGGACGGCGACACCAUCCCUUUUCCCACUUUUGGCGAUGGCGCCAAGGCAAAAAGGCGAUGCGAAGGCCUGACGGUCUACGCUUUGGGCUCCGAAGGCGACUCUACCUGUGUGUGUGAGAUUAUUUGGCUUGGGCAGUUUGGAAACGGUGCUUCAUUCAUGCAUCUGUAGCAAGGAAACACUGGAAUUUAACCCUGCUCUAAAGACCACUACUGAAUCUGUAUUUAAUUCUGUCCUGCAGAAAGAGUGAAACAGAAACUUUAGUCAAAACUAUUUAUUUUCUUGUCAUUAUCUUUUUUUCCAGAGUGAAUUUCUCUUUUUCGGGAAUGAAUUCAGUUUUGGUGUGGGGAGUCCAAGGGAACGCGUGUGUGUAGUUUCCGGAAAACGUUGCUGCUUACAGGAAGGGGUGUGCGGCAGACUGGCCAGGACUGGGUGAAUUCUUGGGGGCGUGUGCAUUUCCUGAACCGAGGAGAGGACUGUUCGGAUUGGAACAUAAUUCAAAUCAUCCCCAAAAAAAAACUAAAGAGUCCAGCUGUGAGUUUAUAAUUAGCCUCAGGUUCUUCUGUUGCAGAUACAUCUUCACGCUCACCCGUGACAAAUUAGAAUUACUUUUGCUAGUUGUGGUGAAAAACCACCCGACAGCUGGGCGGUUUGUCUUGAAAUUGGACACUGAAGUAAGCGUUACUUUUUUUGGUCACACCUUUUGUUGUGUGCAUGCUUGUGUGAAUUUCCAUAGUGCAUAAGUGCACUGUUCGAUUUUGGAAAAACCACUCCCAAAUGUUACGAGGUCUCUCUCCCCACACUCCCUUAGGCUCCGCCCCCUGAGAAUACAAGCAUUGAACGUCCUGGCCUCUGCACACACAGCUUGGUUAGAAACAUCAAGCCUACUUUCAAAACCAUAUGAAGAACUUUUCAGGACUAGUCUGCAAACAUGUAUAUAAAUGAUACCAUAAUAAAUGCAAUUUUUUUUUCCUA